CGCGCACGAUCAUGUGACGAAGCAUGAAUCAACCACACACGCACACAAACUCGCCGACCGUACACGCCCGCGGUACGGCGCGGCGUGUGAGUGUGUGUGGGUGUUAUCGGUUGUGCCGCGGCACACAUAUGCACACCCAUACCACGACCGUGAUCGACGAACGAAUCGUCGGGUUCGGCUUCGGAGAAAGAGAUUUUUUUUUAAUUCUUCAUAGAAACUGCAGCAGGGCGCACGCACGUUUCUCGCGAAGCUCGCAGCAGGCCAGUCAGUCAGCCAGCGAACAGUAGUACAGUCUGACACACUCGCAGUAUUUCAGGUGUUGUCACUUUGCAAACACACCUCAACAGCAGCGGGCAGCAAAACGGUUCCCGUCGGUCUCGCGUUCUUCCCGAUUGUUUAUUGCGUUCCGUUUUCUGGACUACUAUUGUUUUUUUUUGCAAAUCAAAAGAAAAAACCAAACAAACGUCCGUUUAGCGCAGUGAUACAGUGUGUGUUCUUCCGGUGCCUUCGAUUAUUUUUCUCCGGUGACAAGUGUGUUACUCCCGGCUCUGGGUACCGUCAUGUGCAAGUGUGCAGUGUGUUGCGCGUUAUACAAUAACAGCAAAAGACGGGAGAUAAUUACGCUCGUGUGUUUUUUUUUGUUGAGCCGAGCGAUUUCGGUUUUCUAAUUACCCCUUUCGGUACACGCGAUAAUAGUUGCUGCUAAGUGGAUUGAUUGGAAAACACAAUUUUCGGGCCAAGUGUUACUACCGAGAUACAUAUCAUCAGUGCGGUGCAGUGCAAUCGGAAUCACAGCAAAACACACAAACCUAACCCGCUCUGGUGUUCAUAUAGCGAAAGGGAGGGUGAAGAAAAAAGAAGAAGCAAAACUUCAUGCAAGAAACGCCACCGGGCGUCUCCAUAAAGCAGGCGGCGUAUUAUUGUUUUGACAGUUUUUAAACAGUACACAACAAAACUUCAAAAAUCGAACAGCAAUGUUUGUGCCGUAUCGUAAUGUGCCACAAGUAAAUCGCAUCAUAUCAAGCGUUAAUAAUCACAACACCGAGUGCCUUUAAGCUUUGUUCGAAGUGUGUUUGCGUGUGUGUAUGUGUACCGCCCGAUUUGUAGUGGUGUAAAACAGGGAAGGCGGUUUCUUUUCCCCAAAAAAACAACAAAAAAAACGUUUCCACGUGCCUUAAAGGAUAGAAAAUAAAACAAAAGCAAAACGAUAAACAAGCGGUGGUUUGUUUGAAUGUGCGGAAAUUACGAACAACAGAAACAGCAGAGAAUGGCACACGGUUCACUAACGGUUGCGGGAAUGAUUGUCAAAAGUGAAUCGUCCACUGGGUCGUCCGGACGGACGGGUGCCAUCGUUACCGGCACCGGUUCAUCAUCGCCCUCGACCACGACCGCACACAAUUCCGCCAAGAUGGGUUCGCGGCGCAUCUUUACGCCACAGUUCAAGCUACAGGUGCUCGACUCGUACCGGAACGAUGGUGACUGCAAGGGAAACCAAAGGGCAACCGCCCGCAAGUAUGGCAUUCACCGGCGGCAAAUUCAAAAAUGGCUGCAGGUGGAAAACAAUCUUCGUUCGGUCGUAGCAAAUGGUGGUGGUAAUAGUAGCAGCAGCAGCAGCAGCAACAACAACGGUCAUCACCCGAGCAGCGGUAGUAAUGCCGGCGGUUCCGGAAGCUCGACAGGAGUGACGGGUCACGGUAGCAGCAGCAGCAGCAGCGCCAACACUAACAGCGGUGCAUCGAUGAAAAUAAAUCUUCUAAAUCAUCACCAUCACCAGCAUCAUCCUGCGGCACAUUAUGUGCAUCCGUCGCAUCAUCACCUACAUUAUCAGCCGAUGCACCAUCAUCAUGCGCCGGGUUUGACGGGUUUAAUGCAAGCGCCAUCGGUAGCAGCGGCGGCAGCAGCCGCAGCAGCAGCAGCAGCGGCAGCGCACUAUCACCAUCACCAGCACCAUAUGCACCAGCAGCAACAGCCGGUACAUCCACUGGCGUUUCAUCCGAUCGCUGUACCACCGGUACAGCACCAGUCGCAACCGCAGCAGCAACAGCAGCAGCAAGUUGGAUUAGACACCGUCAGACAACGCGUCGCACGUAAUGGCGCAAGCGCCACCGGUCUGCUGUCACCCGUUCUGUCCCACACAGGUGCCACAUCUGCCGCAGUACCUGUAUCCUCCUGCUCACCCCUCUCGGUUGCCUCCUCAUCCUCUGGAGCACAUUCGGCUUCGUCGCUCUGUUCGGCGUCACCCAACUCGAUGGUGCGGUCCCCAUCAUCGCAUCAGUUGCUCGCAUUAAGUGACCCAGCAGCGCCAUCUGGUGGCGAUACGAUGGCGAACCAAACACACCAUCACCAACAAUCUGUCAUCUUUUCGCCCGUACCGUUGCUGGCCGGCGCGACACCAACAGCACUGUCGUCGACCGGUGGUGCGAACGAUACACACUACUAUGGCCAUAUACGUGCGGUCGCAGCAGCGGCACAGGCUGCUGCAGCAGCCGCCGUCACUGCUGCCGCCGCUACCGCCCACCGUUACGAUCAUCCGAUCGAUCUCUCCCGGCCGGGGUUACAGUCCGCUCCUUCGCCCGUUCCUUCCUGCCAGCAGCACGCGCACUACAAGCCCGAACCGAUCGCGUUCGAUCGUACGGUAAAGGUGGAACAGGUGGAGUGUGAAGAGGAGGAAAUUAGUGUGGAAGAAGUCGACGACGAUCGUGUCGGUGCGAUGGAACAGGCGUGGGAUCUUUCCUGCCGUCGGUCCGCUACUGCUGCUACCACACUGCCGGAACGCAAACGAUCCGCAUCGGCAAUGAGCGGUCCGAUCGUGUCGCCCGACACAAGCCGACCUGCCAAAUCGGUGAAGCUGUUCAAACCGUACCUGCUCGACGAGAAGGAACCGGAAGACAAAACCGUCUGCCCCAAGCAACAGCGACCCGAUUCUGCGCUCGCCGACGAUGAUAAGGAUUCGACGCGUGAAUCUCCUGCGAUCGUUGAACGGCCGAUGACACCUACAUUAAUUGGUGCACGAUCGUUACAUUCGUACCACCAUCAGCAGCAGCAGCAGCAGUAUCCAAUCAUCUGGAGCGCUAGUUCACCUGCCUACUAUGAGCAGCACGCGUACGAGCUUAGUCCACCGGCGUAUCUGCUUGCCGCACAGUCAUCGCAUGGAACCGGCGGGAGUACCGAUGCACCGUCCAGUACUACAGUACCGACUGGGCGAGGUUGCUGGAGCUCACCGCAAGCAUCGCCCGUGUCCGGGUACGAUAGUUCCACCUCGAUCUCAUCCGUCUGCAGCGGUCCGGAAGAGGACAACACCAGCCAUAGCAGCAGUUCCAGCCACAGUAGCCACGGUCAGUCGGAAAAGCUGAAGCAGCAAGCCAUCGACAGCUUCUACCAUGAUGUGGCCUGCCGCGGUGACUACCGUGCGGUCGCCACCAAGUACAACAUCAGCCGCAAGUAUGUGGAGAAGUGGUUGCAGCAGGAGCAGGAAGAUGAUCACCAUCAUCAUCCGCAUGGUGAAGUGAUCGCGCCAUCACCAGCUUCCGGUCCGCUCGGUGGUACCGUGCGAUCACCCGUCGUGGUUGGAUGAUUUCAUUCUGGCAGCAGUACGUCGGGUGUGCUAGGUGCAUAGCAGAUGUAGCAGUUUUGUUGUUUGUUUGUAGGCCAUUUAAUCAUAUUUGUUUUAUUUAACUGAAAUGUGAUAUUUUACUAUAUUGGAUAUUUGAACAUACAGGGGAGGGAUGAAUCGUAAUGUCUUAAAUGCGUAAAAAAGAACAGUUUGCAAAGAUGGAACGAAAGAGAGAGAGAGAGAGAGAGAGAGAGAAAGAGAGAGAGAGAGAGAGAGAGAGAGAGAGAGAGCAAAAAAAGAAAUGAAGAAAAAAGGAUGUACCAGAACGAGCAGGUCUUGUUUUAGGUUUCUGCUGGAAUGGGGUUUUGCGCAGGUGUCGAUCGGGGAUUAACACCAACCCUGACGCACCUUAUCAUCCUGAAUUCUAACUUUCUUUUUCUUUCUAUAGUUUGAUCUCCAGCUACUCGAAGGGUAGAGCGGAAAAUGCGGGAUUUCCCCACCAUUAUAAACACACACACACACACAAUCCGAGCUUCGCUCUCGCAGGUGCCAUAAUUGAAGGUGCCAUUAGCAUGUUCUCCACAGAAACCGAAUCGCUUACACCUAGACAUAUGUCUUCAAUUGAGGAUAGCUAAUGGGUCAAUUGAAUAGGAUUGGAAUAGAGCACCCUUAACACCUUGAGAUCCUCGAACACAGGUAGCCUCGUAUCGGUUGACCUGACAGGAUCGGGAAGACUUGCUUACAUUCGGACGGGUUUCAACUAUUACACGGGCGUACAGGGUACACAGGUGGGCAUGUCGUUUUCCAAUUGUCGAACGCAAACGGGGACCAACAACAACAACAACAACAAAAUAUAUGCAAAACUGAUGAUUUGCAUUUUACAACAUACACAGGGACACACAUCCUUACCACCCGAAAAAGGUCUACCGAUGGGCCGUAUCUUUUCGCACCUUUUUGCUUGUUCUUUUCGUUUUUGGCACCAAGUGUAUUUAGAGUGUUAAGGUACUGUUUGGGAAUUUCCCAAAAAUCCACCGACGAACAAAUAGCGACGCAUAUCCGAGGAAACUGAUAGAGGGAGAGAGAGAAAGAGAGCGAGAAAAGGGUAGUAGUUCUGAUGGGUGCAAUGUGCGCUACCGGUGGUACUUUGCAGCAGAAGUUUCACAUAACAGGGGCAAUGUUUUAAAAUAAUUGCUUCGCAUAUGCACUUCUUGAACUAGACCCUAUUAUUACGCAUCGACCUCAUUCGUUCGCAGCACCGGGUUGGACAAAUAUGUUUGCUAGCGCGUUAUUGAUGUGUUUGUGAUUUUUUGUUUUUGUUCGUUUUUGGCUUUGGAUUUUGAGUCACCUGUAAGCUUCUUUUUGUUUUGCUGUGCUGUGUAGAUACCCCAGUGCCCGGUUGUCACCCAAUGUUAGGGUUAACCGGUGUUCCGCUUGAUUACGAUCGAGGAGGGAUGGAGCGGUUUUAUGUUUCUGGCUUGCAUCAUCAUACCUUUCGAGCGGUAGCUAAAAUUAGACUUCAAUUGGCGAAGUGCAGUACAUGGGGCCCCCCCUUCUGCGGGUGGAUCAAAACAGUGUAGCGAGCAAAAAAUGAAAACAAAAAAACACACAAGACACUCAAGCAAUAACGUAUGAAACGACAAACAGAACCAGGCUUUGAAAACAAACGUAAAAGAGAGAAGAAGAAAAAAAACCGAUCAUAUCCUGUGACUGUUGUGGUGUAGGAAAAUUUAGCAACUGUUAAUGCCAGGGCGUUGCAUCGUAAGGGGCUGGGCAAAAGAAACCACCAUUUGAGGGCAAAACAAAGGGUCAAGAUCACCGAAAGGGAAGCGCUCAAGUCAGCAAAUGAGUCUUAAGAUAUGUCUUUUUUUAGGCAUCGGAAUCAAAUCAAAGCCUUAAUCACUUAUAAAACCCGCACUAUGCAAUGCAACCGAAAACUUGACUGAUUUGUAACGGUGCAUAUUAACUUAAAUUGGACUUUUUCUCGAUCUCUAUGUUUCUCUCUCUCUCUCUAUCGCUCCUUUUGACACUAUCUCCCGUAAAGGUGCCAACAGAUCGUAAACGAUGUGGUGUACAGUAGAUGAAGUUUUUUCUUUGUGCGUGCAUAUUUAACGAUACGUUUAAGAAACUAAACAUGAGCUAGAGUUAAGUAAGAAUUAUUUGUAAUAUACUGUUUUGUGUAAGCAGUAAAGAGGGGAAAUGUUAUGAAACACUAUUCUAUUAGCACGAUACUACCUGCUCUAGCGAUUUGUUUGAUUUGCAAACUCGAAUCCACCUCCACCUCUUUAUAGCCUUUUAUUUGCCCAAAUCGCAAAUCCCUUCCCAAAUCCCGUUCCCUCUACCAUCCCCUAAAUCGAGUUCUUCCACCAGAGCAGAGUGUAACGGUUUACGGAAAACAACUACAGGAAAGCGCGUAAUAUCAACAAAAAAAAGUAAUAGCAACGUAAUUGUGAACUUCGAGUGCCUACAUGAAAACGAAUCAAACGUUUAGUAGUGGUUAGUUGUAGAUGUAUUAUCAUAAUUUAAACCAUUGCGAUAGAAAGUAAAACUAUUAAAGCAAGCAGAAACGAGCUUAGCGUAGUGUAGUGGAGAGCGUUCAUAUACAUAUAUACUAUUAUAGAUUAAUAUCCUAAGACAAACAGAUCAAAUACUUAUCACACGCAAGGUUAAACAGAUAGGUAAUAGUGUGGGAAGAACGACGGGGGAAAGAAAGCCAUGUGAAGCGAAACCACACACCAUUUACAGCACCAUUUAGCAUGUUGGUUAAAUGCAAACAAUACAAUACAAUAACAAUAAUGAAUAUACAAAACAUAACAAAAGUAAAUCAAGUGCCAACACACACAAACAGCCACAUGUGUGUAUAUGAAAUGGUAGAGCAAUACAGUAGAUGCAAGAAGAAAUGUGAAAAUAAAAUGAAAAAAACAAAUGUUGAAAUAAUAA